AUGUCUGAGAAUAAUCCGGACGACAAAGCAGUCAAGGCCGGGGCGCGGGUGUACAUCCCCCUGCUGCUACCCUUCUACGACUUCUGGGUUUUAUGGAUCUCCAAUACUUAUGUGUGGAAGUGUCCCACUGAUGAGGUCCUGGUCCCGUUAUUCCGGUCCGCUCUGGGUGAAACUCAUCUAGAUAUUGGCGUCGGCACUGGUUAUAUCCCAGCGAAAGCCAUUGUUCGGUCAGCAUGCCAGGAGAUAACCUUAUUGGACUUAAACCCAAACAGUCUUUCCUUUGCCAAGGCGCGAAUCGAAUCCUCCGACAAAAUGGUCAAGGUGAAGACGCUCCUAGCCGACGCGCUCGAGCCGCUCCCCCUACCCGAGUCAGAAAAAUUUGACUCCAUCAGUCUUUGCCACCUUUUGCACUGCCUCCCUGGAUCACCGGAGAGCAAGACUCGGGUUUUCGAUUAUGUCAAGCCACACUUGGCACGUGACGGGACCUUGGUCGGUUGGACAAUCUUGGGCAAGGAGGCUCCCAUGAAUUGGUUUGCUUCUGUGUUGAUGAGGAGCUAUAACAAGAUACGCGUCUUUUCAAAUUGGGAUGAUAAUCUUGCCGCAUUUGAACAAAGCUUGAAGAGGAACUUUGAGGAAGUUGAGGUUUGGACUGUCGGUAGGGUAUGCGUGUUUAGGGCUAGGAAGCCAUUAGACUCGCCGAUUGAAGCUCGGUCAUGA